AUGAUUAUUUUUUCUGAUGAACCCUCAAAAUCGAUAGCCAUAAAAGGGAUCUCCUCUCGUUUAUCCAAAGCAUUAUUAAGAAUUACAGACAAACCCUCAUCAUUUUCUGCAACUAAAUUAUCACGAGUUG